GAGAGAGACACAUUUAGAAAAGGUCUUCUUGGUCUUUGCCUCUGCGUGGAAAUCUGGUCAUAGUUGCGUCACUUUCAUACGUUGUAUUUUUCCGUUUCAUACACGACACCCUUUCUCUGUGGCCUUUUGAUUUUGUUCUCAUCUAUCUUUUGCUUAUUAGCUAAUUUAGCUUCAACAUUACUUUUCAAAGUUCAAUUCCCAUUCCAAUGUAUUACCGUUCCCAUUUAAACAUAUAUUGUCUGUUUCAUCUUACAAUUCAAUCCUUAUCUAGCUGUGUCUAGCUUUUCACACCUUGUGUUCCAAACUUCCAGUUAUCGUGUGGAAUUUCUUUCUUUUGCAUACUUGUCUUUAUAAUUAGCUUCUUCUCAUUCUUUUGGCAUCUGGGUUUCCAUUAUUAUUUUUCCUAUAAACCUAUGGUUUCCCUCCUGGGGUCCAUUACUGUACUGUGCUUUCUUUGAGUUCUCCUUGUUUUCUUCUUUUUUUUUCUUUCACCUGGGUUGCCUUUUUCUUCUCUUCCUUCCAUCAACUCCAGUCUUUAUCUGUAGCUUUUUAUGUCUCUCUCUUUCUCUCAGAAAUAGAUCUCUAAUGGUUGAAUUUUGAUGCUGACACCAUUCAUUUUGAGAUAAACUAAGAGGAGGGUUAGAUUGAGAAUCACCACAAUAAAUUGAAUUUUGGAGUUUGAUUCCAAAAGAUUAAACCAAAAAAAAAAUGAAGUGUUUCUUCUUCAAGGACAAAUCCAAGAACAAGAGAGGAUCAAAUUCAGCCCCAGAGCUGCAUAAUCAAAAUAAAUCAGAUACUUCGGCUAUAACGCGUGCAAGCAAGUCAUCGAGUUCAUUACCAUCUCCAAGGAGCAUACCAGAAUUGUACAAAGAAAAGGAGCACAAUUUGAGAGUUUUCAGUUUCCAAGAGCUGAGGGAAGCCACAAAUGGCUUCAAUAGAUUGCUAAAGAUUGGAGAAGGUGGUUUUGGAAGUGUGUAUAAAGGUACAAUUAAGCCUCCAGAUGGUCGGGGUGAUCCAACUGUUGUUGCCAUAAAAAAGCUUAACACCAAAGGCUUGCAGGGUCACAAACAAUGGCUUGCUGAAGUUCAAUUUCUUGGCGUUGUCAAUCACCAACAUCUUGUGAAACUUCUAGGAUACUGUGCUGUUGAUGGAGAAAGAGGGAUCCAACGCUUACUGGUGUACGAGUUCAUGCCUAACAGGAGCCUAGAAGAUCAUCUUUUCAACAGGGCACUUCCCACUCUGCCUUGGAAAAGAAGAUUAGAUAUUAUCCUUGGAUCAGCUGAAGGAUUGGCUUACCUACAUGGGGGACUGGAAGUCCAGGUUAUCUAUCGGGACUUCAAGUCCUCGAAUGUGCUCUUGGAUGAGGACUUUAAGGCAAAGCUCUCAGACUUUGGGCUUGCUAGGGAAGGCCCACAGGGGGACCGUACUCAUGUAUCUACGGCGGUGGUUGGGACGUAUGGAUAUGCUGCCCCGGAGUAUGUUGAUACAGGUCACCUCACAAUCCAGAGUGAUAUAUGGAGUUUUGGUGUUGUACUGUAUGAGAUCCUCACAGGCAGGCGAGUCUUGGAAAGAAACCGUCCAGCAAUGGAGCAGAAGCUUCUAGAAUGGGUGAAACAGUUCCCAGCUGAUACUAAUAAGUUCAGCAUGAUAAUUGAUCCACGACUUAGAAACCAAUAUUCUAUUGCUUCAGCUCGGAAAAUUGCUAAACUGGCUGAUAGCUGCCUAAUCAAGAAUGCCAAGGAUCGACCAGCAAUGAGUCAAAUAGUAGAGAGAUUGAAGGAAGCAAUACAAGUUUCAGAGGAGGGAGUUGCUUCUGGGAGUAGAAGUUCUGAGUCAUCUGGAUCUAAAUUUUUCCAGCGUAAACCCAGAUAGGGUUAUUAAGAGAAGUUUGUGAUCUUAAGAGAGUGAAAGAAUAUGAAAACUUUUUUGCUGACGGAGUUAUCUUAAACUUUCAGUAGGUUAAAAGUGAGCUUAUACUUGGUGCUAUUCUAUUUCUAUCUAGGUUCUAAAAACUGUGUAGAUGUCUGUGGGUCUGGAAGAUUUGAUGGAUACAACUUGACUCACCUAAGCAAAGCCCUGGUCCUUGCUCACCUAUACUUUUUGCGGCUCUAUUUCAAAUUCAGGCAUGGAUGAAAGGUGUAUAGAUUGGUCUGUGGAAUGGUUGUAAAUCUCUUUAGUGAAUUUUGUUGUAUGGAACUAUGAUAAUUCUUCUGAGUUAAAAUGCAGUAUAAAUCUCCAUUUUAUAUACUUUUAAACUGGAGGGAUAUAUAUUUUUCACUGGUAAGCUGAAUACAAUCCCCUUGCCCCGGGCA